GAAAGGAAAACCUCUUCAUCAACCAUACUGUCCUUUUCCCAUUCACAAACCUUUAAUCAGUGUUGGUCUGGGCACAUGCCUUUGCCUCUAUUUCUUUCUCCAAUAACAGAUGAAAGAAAUGAAGGGAAGAUUUCUAAAGAAACUCAGUUUCAUCCCCACUACUAUCACCACGUUAAAACAAGGCCUAGUCUUUCAUCACUUCAAUUCCCCUCAGAAUUUUUCUGCUCAAAAUCACCAUAUCCUAUCAGUUUAUAAAGAACAAGAUAGCAAAAAUAGCAACAAAGAUGAAGAAAUGGAAUUCGAAUUCCGUGUUAGCAACCAGGGGAAUUAUAACGUUGCAUCCACCCUAGAGCCCAAGCUCACAGCUCCUGAUGAGGAUCAAAUCAGCAUGGAAGAUUACAGUAUGUAUAAGGACUGUGAAGAAAGUUCCGAUAAUCCAUGUUUAACAGGUUUUGAAGAGAAAUGUCCUCCGGAAGGGGAAGAAGCGGUGGUGUUUUACACAACAAGCUUGAGAGGUAUAAGGAAAACAUUUGAGGACUGCAGCACUAUCAGGUUUCUGUUAAAUAGCUUCAAGGUUGUGGUGCAAGAGAGAGAUGUUUCAAUGCACAUGGAAUUCAGGGAUGAAUUGUGGACGAUACUUGAGGGAAGAGUGAUCCCUCCAAGGCUGUUCAUCAAGGGCAGGUACAUAGGAGGAGCUGAUGAAGUUGUUACACUGCAUGAGCAAGGGAAGCUGAAGAAGCUCCUUGAAGGGAUACCUUUGGCCCUGCCUAAUCACCGAUGCAGUUCUUGCGCUGGGGUGCUGUUCGUGGUGUGCUCCAAUUGCAGUGGCAGCCGGAAGGUCUAUAAGGAUGGAGGAGGUGAGGAAUUGUGCAUCAGAUGUCCUGAAUGCAAUGAGAAUGGGUUAGUCAAAUGCCCUGUUUGCUGCUAAAAAAAUGCCUGUAUUUUCCGCAUAGUCCUAUUUUGUGAUGUAUAUUUUUCUUCUCUUUCUCUAACUUUUUCUUGGAUUCCAAGUUACUAGGUAUGCUUGACCUGAAUGUUUAGAAUCAAGUAAUUGCUACUAGAUUUUAUUAAAAGAAAAAAAAAAGGUUAUUGCUGCUAGAGUCUGCCACAUGGUCUAAAUGUGUUGGGAAAAUGAUGUCUCGAGUAAUAGGCUUUUUUUUUCUUCUUUUUUCUUCUUUUUUCUUCUUUUUUAACAUAUAAACUAUGAAUUGAAUUCUAAAUCUGUGAUUAAAAAUAUAAAUAAUUCUAUUACGAAAUCACAUAAUUGAUGAUUUAGUAUUAAAAAUACACCUUAUUUGCAAUGAAAAUAGGUAAAUGUGUUUUCUAUUGCUUGAUUCUCGAAUUGUCAUUUCCUUGUAGCCUAGAUCUUUUUCUUCCCUUCCUUAAUUCUCAUGUUUUAGGAUUUUUUUUUUCUCUUUCUGAUAUUGGGGGUGGGGGAUUCAAGCUCAUCUUUCAAGCGUGGAGAACAUGGACCUUAUUAAUUCGGCUACACAUUCAAGUCAAAGGAUGGACAAGAUGGGUUAGAUCCAUGUGAGAAGGAAAUAAGUUAAUGGCAUCAUU